AUGACCGGCCCGAAAACUCCAGUUCCGGGCAGAUUUGCACAAGAUCAAAAUAAUGACUCCAGACACCCCAGCGGGAGACAAGCUAUGCAACCAAAUGGUCCACCAUUCCCACAUUCCAAUGACCAAGGACGACCAAAACAUGAUCCUGCCCCAAAUAAUGAUGGAAAUAAGGCCUCCGGCGCGCAGAGCAGUGAAGACAAGGCAUCAGAAGACCAUGUAGUUGGAUUUUUCUCUGCUCGGGCUGCAGAAGCUCUAAUAAACGAUCCCCAUACUGCUGUAAAAUCAGCACCAGUAUUUGACCCCCAAUUUGACAGCCCAUCCAUACGCAAAACUGCCGGUAUUGAUCAUACUAGCUCUUCCCCUAUUGUCAGGAAAUCUCUUCAGGCCUUACAACAACAGGCUGGCAAGGUGCCCUUACCAGGCGCCAAGGCAAAUGCGCCGACACCUAACAGUGGUCAUGGACCAAUAGGGAGGCCGCCUAUGACUUCAUCAUAUCGACCACCAAUACGGCGAUCCAUGGGAGCAGUGAACAGUGGGAACGCUAGCACCGCUUCCAACAUGCCACCGCCAGUGAGAAAUCACAACAGCCCUAUCAAUGGUGGGCAGCAGCAAAACGAAUAUGGGAAAAGACUGCCGUUAGUCGAUACCACAAAUGUUCCGAACAACGAACGGACAAAGAAUCAGGCAGACGCCGCAAAACGAACGAGGGUUGAGGAUGCCAAUGCUCCAAAACAAAACCUUCAGGGUCAACAGUAG